AUGUCGGAUCCAUGGAAACUUCAAGUUGUGUGGCAACGUCUGAUCGAGAAAGAGACGAUGCAGUAUGCCACUUUUGCUGAGCAGCAGCGGAGGCAGCAGCAGGAAGAAGCCGCUGCUGAGGCUGCUCUGCUCGGUGUAGCUUGUCAGAGUGCACAAACAGAUGAGGAUCUCUCGGAGGAACCAUCACUGCGGAAAUACAAAAGUCGCAAGCAGCGUAGGUCUGCGGCUAAGUCGGAUGCCACUCUGAAGGACCGGAUAAACCAGUUACCCAUCGCAUGCAGUAGCACAGGGACUCUGCAGCACCAGCAGAAGUAG